UAUUGUGCAUAAUAAUACCACAGUGAGGGGAAAUCUGUAUAUCUAAACGUAGGGGCGUAGCUAGACCGGAAAGAAAUUGUAGGUCCGACUUGCUAGCUGGGAUCGGGUGCAUGAUCCUCCAGAGUUUUCUACAAUGCAUUAAAUGGUCAGGUCGAUGGCGGCUGAUGUUUGUCAUAUUCCUCGCGUUCAGCACCGUCGUCGGAAUCUCAUUCGCGAUGGGCACCAUCUUUCUCGACAUUGAGGCUCACUUCCAGCAGGGACGCACCGCUAUUUCCGGUCUAAUAGCUGGCCUUAUGGGCGUCGUCACCUCACUAGGAAUAGUAAGCGGCGCCGUAAUUCGUCGAACAGGAUUGUUCCGAUCUUCUGUUAUCGCCGCCAUUUUGAUUCCAAUAGGCGUAACGUGCAGCUUUUUCGCCAAACGUCUUGAGCACCUGUACGUCAGCCUCGUUUUGGUUGGAGGUUUGGGUAUUAGUUUAUUAUACGUCGUUUGCAUCACGACCAUUAGUCAAGCGUUUACAGGACGACAACGUCACGUCUGCCUUAGCAUUCUUGGCACAGGAACCGGACUUGCCGGUGUAUUCUAUCCCUUUCUUUUACCCAGUCUUGUGGAGGCUUUCGGGCUCAUGGGAACAUUUCUUGUGCUAGGUGGUGUCUUUCUUAAUGUUUGGACUAUACCCGUUCUCAUUUAUUGGAACCAGCCUAGAAAAAUGACGUCAGAAAUCCCAGACACUACUUGUGACAAUGACAAUGCAAGAUGCGGCCCGAAAGCGGUGAAUACUAUUUGUGCAUCAGGGGCUCUAUAUUGGCAACAGAUAGUAAAUGCUGCUCGGAAAGUAGUUCUCGAAAUGCGAGAAGUGUUGUUCCUAGAAAAUGUGCUCAAUAUGGUAGGAACGGGAUUACUAUUGGCUGUCAAUAACGCUUACCUGACGUUACAGCUUGACAUAGCUAUCUGGCGCGGGUUAUCACGUGAGGUCGGACUGAACGCUUUCGUUGUUGUGAACAGCGUAAACGUAAUAGCCGGUUUAGUUACAGGCCUACUGAAGCAGAUUCCGGGACUCAGCUACUCAUGUUUGCUUAUUGUCGUUGCGGUGUUUGGUCUGGCCGGAAGCCUUCUAAUUCUACUCUCUUCCGGCGCGCCUCUGUAUUUCUUAGCGUCCACCCUCAUUGGUGUCUCCCUCGGUGGCGUCUUGACGUCGUCCCUGAUUGGACUAAAGAUUGUCCGACAGGAGCUGAUCUCGGUGGCGUCAGGGACGCUCAUUACCAUGAUUGGAUUGAUGACGGCCGUGUUGGGGCCUCUUUUGGGAUACUUUCGUGACAUCAGCAGUGACUACAACCUCAUGCUUUACAUCGCCAUUACGAUUGACGUACUGGUUGUGAUUCUUUAUGUCACAGCAUUCCUUGCGAGAAGGCCACGUGGCUAUGACGUCACAAUGGAUACAAGACGAGACACCCCAAAGGCUGAACUUAUUUCAUUCCAUGAUAAUAAAGAGAUGCCUCGGUUUAGCCUUCAUCAGUGAUUAUUAACAUAAAUUUAAAACUCAUGGCAGCAACACCAGGAAAGUUGUAAACAGAACCGUUGAUCGACCCUGACCUACUGACAGCAAAAUAACUGUUAUCCUAAUCCUAAUGCUGUAUACUCGUCCAGCUCGUUAUUAAGAACUGGAAUUGUAAGAUUUUUGUAUUUAAUAUAUUUUGAUCGUGAUACGAAUACCAAUCAAAGGUAUUUGAGAACCAUGAACAAAUUGUAUACAUGAUACUUACAGUGUUACGAAAGAUAAUUUUUCAGGUCAUGCUUAUAUUGAAUAAGUAGAAUUUAAUGUCUUAACUCGAAAAGUGCACAAUUUUUUUUCAUUAAUCCUGGUGUUCCAAUGCCCUUAUAGUUUGAUUCACAAUAAGUACUGCACCUUUAUAAGUUGAACAACAUUUGCAAAAUAAAUGCAACAAAAGCGUUAAUGUUAUCCUCAAAGACACAUUUUAUUCAAUCCAAAAAUUUAGAACUGUUCUAGUACUGGUUUACUUUUAAUUAUAGAAACUUAAACUUUAUCCAAAGACCCAAGAUCAAAGAAGUUUGCUCUUAUAUAUAAAAUAAGAAUGUUUUUGAAGAAUAUUUACAAUUUAUCAAGAAUUUUCACUCAAAUUCUAUAAGAAUCUUGUUAAUUCUAAAACAUUUAGACAUGAGAUAAAUAGAGAAUUUAUGAACAUUCUAAACAUAUCCCCCCAAAAAAACAGUCCAGACCUAUAAUAGGGUUGCAACAUGAAUCUAGAUCAGCUUACAAAAUAGAAUUAAACUAUAUAAUAAUGCAUCAAUGAAUUUAGAAUACAUACCUGUGUAAAAAUCGAAAUGAAAUAUUAUGAAUUUUCAUGUCGAUUUGUCGAAAACUGUCGCGAGAAUGACACUGGCAUGCAUCAUUGUUAUAUUAUAUUAAACGUUUCAUUUGUCAUCUAAAUAGUGAUUGACUUGCAUGUAUGCAUUGCAUAAAACUCAAAUGGUUAAUAAUUGUUUACGUCAAUAAUACAAAGGUGUACCGUAUAAAUAUAAAACAUUAUAUUUCAUUGUACUAUAUUGUCAUAGCAUAACUCUUAAAUGUGCAAUAAUUCAUUGUUUCGCUUACAUUUACAUUAUUUGCUCUGCCGGUGUUAUCAACGGUGCAUUUGCGCCGCCAAUGUCUGUCCCGUUAGUAUGAGGUUUCAUUUAACUCAGGUCACGCGUGCAUUUCAUGCUCGACUACUUAAUAUAUAAAGCGAUGAUAUUUAUAUUCGACAGAAAUAAAUAUUUCUUUAGACCAUUUUUGACAUGUAAAUAAUAAUAUAUUUUUGACAUUACACGUGAAACAUCUUUAUUAAAUAUAAACACAAUAUGAUUAUUGAUAACUAUCUGGAUUUGUGACCAAAAUUGAAAAAUACAUUUGAAGUAAGUUUGUGUUUUUUAAAAGAUUCAUUUACGCUUGAAGAAAGUGUAUGUAUUUGUUUCUCUCAACUCCUAUGUGGAAUUUUAAAACAAGAGAAUGUUUUGUUUUUUUUCCAAAAUGGGAAAAUAAAGAUGCAUGCUUGUAUUUUACUAGCGACCAUAAUAACGACAAAUAUAAACGUUUAAAAUAUGAUAGUUGAUAAUUAAAAAGUUAAUCUAAAUUAAUCUAUAUUUUUCAUGAGCAGUAAUAACAUACAUUUAAGAUACUACUAAAAGAUGUAACCAUUAAUUAUAUGAUCGAUGCAUUUUGUUAAUCAUUUGAUACGUGCUGACGGCGAUCUUUUUAUUUAAUUUUAAGUGAUCUCUACGCAAACAAUGCAGCUUAUUUGUGAAAGCUAUCAAGGUUUGAUGUAAGGAAUCUGACAUCUAAGAAUGUUUCUUUUAUAUCGCCAAUUACAUUAUAUGUUCGAGCUCCGACAAACAAUAUACUGAU